AUGGAGGUUGAGCUUCUUAUUCUGUCCCAUCACUUCUACAAAUCAUCUACUUGCCUUGAUCGAGUUGAUGUUCUUGUUUCCCUUGCUGCAACUAGGGUUGAUGCUUAUGUUUUGGAGGAAAAUGGUCAAUUGGAUCUUCUUCUUCAAAAGUAUUCUGCUGCUGCCGACACAAACACAGGCACUGCUGAGGCUGUCAGAGGUUUUCGAAUGAGUCCGACACCAAAGAUUCCAUUCUUGAACCUUCAACAGAAACACGGAAUAGAGGCCUUCAUCAAACAGGUUGAGCUUCUUAUUCUGUCCCAUCACUUCUACAAAUCAUCUACUUGCCUUGAUCGAGUUGAUGUUCUUGUUUCCCUUGCUGCAACUAGGGUUGAUGCUUAUGUUUUGGAGGGUGAUUUCCCGUGCUUGGCUCGCCUGAUAACUGGAGUUGAAAUUUUUUAUGCUCUCAAUUUCAUUCUUGGCAUUCUUAUAGAAAAUGGUCAAUUGGAUCUUCUUCUUCAAAAGUAUUCUGCUGCUGCCGACACAAACACAGGCACUGCUGAGGCUGUCAGAGGUUUUCGAAUGGCCGUUCUUACAUCUUUGAAGCAUUUCAACCCUAAUGACCUUGAUGCAUUUGCCCUGGUCUAUACUCAUUUUGAUAUGAAACAUGAGACGGCCACUCUUUUAGAGUCCAGAGCAGAGCAAUCAUGUGAGCAGUGGUUUCGGCGUUAUAACAAGGACCAGGAUGAAGACUUGUUGGAUUCCAUGCGCUACUUCAUUGAAGCUGCUGAAGUUCACUCUUCCAUUGAUGCUGGCAAUAAAACACGGAAGGAUUGUGCUCAAGCUUCCCUUCUAUCCCUCCAAAUACGGAUGCCAUAUUUCCAAUGGCUUUAUCUAUCAGAAACCAAUGCUAGACAGGCAUUAGUUGAGCAGUCUCGUUUCUCCAAAACCAAAUAA